AUGAACGACUCCCUCUAUCCAGCGGAUUACGUGGACCAAGAUGGCGGACUCUGGGAUUCGAACGACACGGAAAACUAUUACUCAUUCGCCAACGAAUCCGUGGACAAGAUGAUGGCCAUCACCAUAGACGACCCGGAUGACCUGAGACGACCUUGGAAGACAAUCCCCUUCUUCUAUGUCUACAUCAUCACCUACUUGAUCACGCUGAUCUUCGGAAUGAUCGGCAACGUCGCAGUGAUCUUGCUGAUGGCAGGCGACCGUAAGUCUCGCACGACCACGAACAUGUUCCUGGUGUCUCUGUCAGUGGCUGACCUCCUGAUGCUGGUCCUCUGCGUACCCCUGGAGACGGUCUACUUCUUCGUGGUGCUCUGGGACUCCGGGGGCGCCGCCUGCAAGAUGGCCAACUACUUCAUGAUGCUCUCCUUCACCGCCAGCGUCCUCAAUCUGACAGCUGUCAGUUUAGAAAGGUUCAUCGUAAUCGUGUUCCCCAUGAGAUCCAGGUCACUGUGCACGAUGAGUAACUGCCGAAGGUCCGUCCUGUUCGUGUGGGUCGUGUCCCUCAUUCUGGCCUGUCCGAUCAUCAAAGUCAUGGAGGCCCACACCGUCGUGUACACGAACCCGUCCAGGACCGAGUGGGUCUCGGCCCACUACUGCAAGCCCAUGGACUCGCUGGUCUUCCUGACCUACCAGCUGCUGGUUCUCUUUGUCAUUCCAGCCCUGCUGAUGAUCGCCUUCUACACGGCGGUCAUCCGGGAACUCUGGAAGUCGACGAAGACGAUCAAGGCUCUCACCAGCUCUAGAGGCACGGGCUGUUCCACCACGCCAUCCGACAACUACCACCUGAAGGUGUCCUCCUCCUCCUCCUCUUCCGCCGCCGCCGCCGCCGGAGGGGGAAACCUGGCCGUGGUGGGACGCGCCCACGUCGGAGGGGUCGUUGCCCUGCGGAACGGGCGGCUGGGGGGCAGCGACUCCGCCUACAACAGCUCGAACUCGCUCUACGUGCCCUACGCGACGACCGCCGCCAAUAUGUCCCGCACGCCCUCCCCGACGGCGCGGCAUCUCCACAAGAAGCACAAGGAGAAGAGCGAGGACGUCAAGAAGGCCAGGAAGCAGGUAAUCAAAAUGCUGAUCGUAGUGGUCAUCUUGUUCCUACUGUGCUGGGGUCCUACCAUCGUGAUGGAGAUCUGCAUUAAUCUCGGAUUUCAAAAAUUUGAUCAGAUAUUCUACAGCUUCAACAUCGGCUUCAAGCUGCUGCCCUUCAUCCACUGCUGCAUCAACCCCAUCAUCUACUGCUUCAUGUCCAAGAACUUCAGGCGGUCCAUGAAGAGGAUGCUCGGCGACGCCUUCAGGCCCUUCGCCCGCAGCAGGGGCAAGUGCUGCCCGCCCCACAACCAGCAGCAGCAGCAGCAGCGCCCCCUGCAGGUCAACCUCCUGCAGAACCCGAAGGUCGUCACCCAGUCCACCUUCACCUUCUCGUACUCGGAACCCACGCCCGUCCACGCCCACAUGGAGACCGUGUCCUCCAUGUAA